CUCAGAUAUAAAAGGAGCAGGCAGUGGAGCUCUCAGUCGCUGUGAAUGCCAUACACCCCUCACCUGCACAUACACACACACACACACAUACACACAUAACACACAUACACCCCUAUAACACACUCGGCCUGCGCCUUCGCCCCCCUGCACCGUCCUCCCUUCAUUCCUGCUCACAUCCCCGGUAGUCUGACCGGAUGAGUUACCCGGUGGACACGGUAGGGAGCCCCUUCAGGAGAACUAUGGAUACUAGGACGACCGGCUACGGCUACAGCCGCUCCGGUGGCACCCCCUCCAGCGGCUUUCGCUCCCAGUCUUGGUCCCGGGCAAGCCCCGGCUCCACCAUGACCACGUCCUACAAGAGGAGCGUGAACAUGCCGGUGUCCCGAGCAUACGGCUCAACGGUGCUCAGCUCCGCCGACAGCGUUGAUUACAGUCAAACCUCUAUCCUGAACGGAGACUACAAGCGAUCUAGCGAGAAAGAGCAACUCCAAGGGCUCAACGACCGUUUUGCUGUUUACAUUGACAAGGUGCACUACCUGGAGCAGCAGAACACGCAGAUCGAGUCGGAGAUCCAGGCACUGCGGCAGAAGCAGGUGUCCCGCUCCCAGCUGGGCGACGUCUACGACCAGGAGCUGCAGGAACUUCGCUCCAUGCUGGAACAGAUCCACAACGACAAGGCGCAAAUCCAGCUCGACACCGACCACAUCGACGAGGAUAUCCAGCGGCUGAGGGACCGCUUGGACGAAGAGGCUCGCAUCCGGGAGGAGACAGAGGCCAUCAUCCGCGCCCUGAGGAAGGAAACCGGGGACUCGAAGUUGGUGAAGUCGGAGUUGGAUAAGAAAGUUCAGUCGCUGCAGGAUGAGAUCGCCUAUAUUCGCAACAACCACGAGGAAGAGGUGAGCGAGCUCAUCGCCCAGAUCCAGGAGUCUCAGGUGACCAUGAAGAGGCAAGACCUCCAGAAGACAGACAUCACCGAGGCUCUCCGGGAGAUCCGCUGCGAGCUGGAGGGCCACUCGAACCAGAACCUGCAGCAGGUGGAGAACUGGUUCAUGUGCCGCUACGCCAAACUCAGCGAGGCCGCGGAGCAGAACAAGGACGCCAUAAAGUCCGCCCGUGAUGAGAUAUCCGACUACCGCCGCCAGCUGCAGUCCAAGACGGUGGAGUUGGAGUCCGUCCGCGGGACAAGAGACUCGCUGGAGAGGCAGCUGAACGACAUCGAGGACCGCCACAACAGCGACCUGUCCAGCCUGCAGGAGACAAUUCACCAGAUGGAUAAUGAGCUCAAGAGCACCAAAUGGGAGAUGGCUCGUCACCUGCGCGAGUACCAGGACCUGCUCAAUGUCAAGAUGGCCUUGGACAUUGAGAUUGCUGCAUACAGGAAACUCCUGGAGGGCGAGGAGACCCACUUCAGCACUUUCCCUUAUCGCCAGACAGUCACCCCCACCAGAAUCUCUAAAUCAGAGCCUCCCAAGUUUAAGGUGCAGCACAAGUUUGUGGAGGAGAUCAUCGAGGAGACGAGGGUGGAAGACGAAAAGUCUGAAAUGGACCAGGCCCUGGAAGACAUAGCACAAGAGCUGUCUGCCACACUCGGAGGGGGAGGAGAUGAGGAAGACGAGGGGGAAGAGGGAGGAGAGGGAGAGGAAGAGGAAGCAGAGGGCGCAGGGGAAGAGGGAGAAGAGGGUGAGGGCGAGGAAGAGGAAGUUGUAGCCGCCACUGAAGCCAAAGUUAGCUCUAGUGCACCCGCUAAGGAGGAAGAGGAGGCGGAGGAGGAUGUAAAAGGUGGCGAUGAGGAAGAAGAGGGGGAGGGAGAAGGCGGUGAAGAAGGAGAGAAGGAAGAAGAAGGUAAGGGAGGGGAUAAGGAAAAGGGGGAUGAUGCAGAGGAAGGCGAAGAAGGAGAAGAGGGAGAUGAGGAAGUUGAGGAGACAGUAUUGUGCUCCAAAGCACCAGAGUCUAAAGCCACUCCUGACAAAGAGAAGGCCGGAGACAAAGAAGGAGAAGAGGAUGCUGGUGCCGAAGAGGAGGGCGGCGAUCAGGAUGAAGAUGCAGGCGGUGAGAAAGCAUCCAAAAGCGGAGAUGAGAAAGAGGAAAAAGAGGAUGCUGACAAAGGCAAAAAGGAUGAUAGUGAAAAAGACGAGAAGAAGGUAAAAGAUGAGAAAGCGGACGACAAAUCAGAAGAAGCUGUAGCCAAGACAGAAGCUCCGAAAACUGAGGCAUCAAAACCUGAUUCUCCAAAGCCUGCAUCUCCGAAGUCUGAGUCCCCCAAAGUAGGCUCACCAAAGUCGGAAUCCCCAAAACCUAGCUCCCCAAAAGUAGAGUCCCCUAAGUCAGAAUCCCCAAAACCUAGCUCCCCAAAAGUAGUGUCCCCUAAGUCAGAAUCCCCUAAACCUAGCUCCCCCAAAGCCGAGUCCCCUAAGUCAGAAUCCCCAAAACCUAGCUCCCCCAAAGCCGAGUCCCCUAAGUCAGAAUCCCCAAAACCUAGCUCCCCCAAAGCCGAGUCCCCUAAGUCAGAAUCCCCAAAACCUGAAUCUCCAAAAGCUGAAUCCCCAAAGACAGAGACCGCCAAGCCUGAGGCCCCUAUAGCUGCUGAAGAGAAAUCAGAGAAAAAGAGUGAUUCAACAGAUAAAAAGGUAGAAAAGAAGGAUGUAGCCAUGAACGGCGAUCUAGACAAGAGCAGCCCAGAAGAGAUAGAGAAGAAGGAUGAGGGGAAAGAAGGCGACGUGAUUGCUAACGGCGUGGACGAGAGCCCGUCCAAGGAAGAUGGCAGCCAGAAAGUGGUGAUCACCAAAACCGUGGAGACAAUCACCACCGGAGAGGACGGGUCCAAGCAUGUGACCAAAUCUGUCACUGUGACCGAGACGAUGAAGGAGGAGGUGGAGGAGGUGAUGCAGGUCUCCACCAAGAAAACCGAGAAGCACUCCACCCAGUCCAUCAAGCAGGUGACGGAGGCCGAAUGAGCAGACUCCAGGCGGCUGAUCUGUCCGAGAGGACACGAAGAAGGCAAGCAAAUCAACCCAGAACUAACAUAACAAAGGAAAUCAUACAGCUAGAGCGAUGUAAUAAAGAAAACCACUCUCAUACAAAACAAAUCAUACAGAGAAGCCAAAAUUUAAAUGCUACAAAUUUCAAAAAUGCAUGUUGAGGGACAGCUUUAAAGAGGCUUCGCAACAGACGUGUCAGGAGCAAGCGACUGAGACAUUUUAUCUUCUUUUUCUUUCUUUCUGCAGUU